UUUUGUCGACUUAAGCAUCGGAAGGUGCCUCUCUUUCGAUUCUCUUUCAUUAACCUAGAAUACCAACUUUUUCCUUCCACUUUCAUCAAUAUGUAAAGAAUUGGUGGACCUCUUUCUUUCACAAACACCUACAAUUCCUCCAUUAAAUAAAGCUACCAUCUUCCCCUUUGAAGUUCUCCAUUACAUUUCCCCAUUCUCCCUCUUGAAUAUAUAUAUAUAUAUAUAUAUAUAUAUAUAUAUAUAUAUAAGAACUUUAUUAAUGGCGUCAAAAAGAAUACUAAAGGAGCUCAAGGACUUGCAAAGAGAUCCUCCAGCUUCAUGCAGUGCAGGUCCAGUGGGUGAAAAUAUGUUUCAUUGGCAGGCAACCAUUAUAGGUCCAAAUGAUAGUCCAUAUGCUGGUGGUGUUUUCCUUGUGACCAUCCAUUUCCCUCCUGAUUACCCUUUUAAACCUCCUAAGAUUGCCUUCAGGACCAAGGUUUUCCAUCCCAACAUAAACAGUAAUGGCAAUAUCUGCUUAGACAUUCUCAAAGAACAAUGGAGUCCUGCACUCACCAUAUCCAAGGUUUUACUGUCUAUAUGUUCACUGCUAACCGACCCAAACCCUGAUGAUCCUCUUGUACCGGAGAUUGCUCGUAUGUGCAAAGCUGACAAAUUAAAGUACGAAUCUACUGCUCGGAGCUGGACCCAUAAAUAUGCCAUGGGCUGAACUAGGUAUAUUAUUAUGAAAGGAAAAAGAAGAAAGAAGAAAGCAGUGAUAGUAUAAGAAAAGUGCCACUUUGGUUUACAAUAACAAUGUAUCGGCUUCUCCUUUGGUCCUUGGUUUCAACUUUCCUAAGGUGUUUUGUUUAAUUACUCUGCUUUGCUUAUGACAUAAUGAUAUGAGAUUACUAAUUUUCUAUCUCCUUAACCAAA